AUGUCGGUUGGGACGGAUAGUGGGAGAAGGAGUAACUCAGCAGACGAAGCUCCAGAUCCUGCUACUUUCUAUCAAUGUAAUGUUUGCCUCGACACAGCUAAAGAUCCAGUUGUUUCAUUGUGUGGGCAUCUAUUCUGCUGGCCCUGUAUUCAUCAGUGGAUAGAAACGAGACCACAGAAGCAAGAAUGUCCGGUUUGCAAAGCUGGAAUCGGAAAAGACAAAAUGGUGCCAAUUUAUGGACAUGGUCAAGAACAAACAGAUCCGCGAACGAAAAACAUUCCUCCCCGACCUCAAGGAUCGCGUCCAGAACCGGAUCGUCGCGGGGCAUCUUUUGGAAACCCGCUCGGAGGAACGCAGUUCUCAUUUGGAAUCGGCGCUUUUCCUUUUGGACUUUUCGGAAUCGGAUUUAACGCAGCUGGGGGUGGGUUCUUCGGCGCACCUCAAGCUCCUAACCAGGGCCAAACGACAGAGGACGAAGAAUUCCUAUCAAAGGUGUUUCUUUAUAUAGGCUUGAUAUUCAUCGUGUGGAUAUUCCUAUCGUAA